UAUCUUUACCGUAUUUGCAAGAAUAUUUGCUUUUGGAUCCAAACUGCACCAGGGAGUAAAGAAAUGCAAGGAGGAUCAACGGGAAUUGGUUAUGGUCUCAAGUAUCAGGCUAGAUGCAUUGCUGAUGUUAAAGCUGAUACUGAAACUACAACUUUCAUCACUGGUACUCUCAGUCUCAAAGAAGAAAAUGAGGUUCAUUUGAUCAAAUUAUCAUCAUCUGAGACUGAAUUGAUUUGUGAGGGUUUAUUUUCACAUCCAAAUGAGAUUUGGGAUCUUGCGUCUUGCCCUUUUGACCCUCGAAUCUUUUCCACAGUUUUCUCUUCUGGUGAAUCAUAUGGAGCUGCAAUUUGGAAAAUACCUGAGUUAUAUGGACAAUCAAAUUCAUCACAAUUGGAAGAACUUGCUUCUCUUGAUCAACAUACUAGCAAGAUCAAACGCAUUCUUUGGUGGCCAUCUGGAAGUCAUGACAAAGUGAUCAGCAUUGAUGAGGAAAAUCUAUUGUUAUGGAGCUUUGAUUCUUCGAAUAAGACCACACAGGUAGAAUCCAGGGAAUCUGUUGGUAUGCUGCAUUCCUUAUCUGGUGGAGCAUGGGAUCCACAUGACAGAAAUGCGCUUGCUGCAACAUCUGACUCGUCGAUCCAGUUUUGGGAUUUGCGGACUAUGAAGAAGACAAACACAAUUGAGCAUGCCCACGUUCGUGAUGUAGACUACAGCAUUAAGAAGCAGAACAUUCUAGUCAGUGCUGAGGACGAAACUGGAAUAUGCAUCUGGGAUAUGAGAAUGCCGAAUGUUCCUAUGAGAGAGCUCCCUGGUCAUGCACACUGGACAUGGGCAGUCAGAUGUAACCCUGUGUACCACGAUCUUAUUCUGAGUGCUGGAACAGAUUCAGCUGUCAACUUAUGGUUGGCUCCUAUCUCUAACAGUGGUGAUUCAACAACUGAAAGUCCUGUAGAAUCACCUACACGUCGAGCAGAUCCUUUACUCAACUCUUACAGUGACUACGAGGACAGUGUCUAUGGCCUCACUUGGAGCUCUCGCCAACCUUGGAUUUUCGCUUCAUUAUCGUAUGAUGGAAGGGUGGUUGUAGAAUCAGUAAAGUCAUUUCUCCCCAAAAAGUGAGACAUUUAUCAGUGAAUGACAUACAUGGUUCAACCGUUGUCGGCAGUCAGAUAACAAUAGCAACAACCUAUAUUCCUUAACUAGUUCAAACUUCAAACUGUGUGUUCAUUAUCUUCUACGAAAUGCUUGUAUCCCCGUGGCAUCAUUUUAAAUGCAACUUGUAAAGAUCAAACAAGUUUGUAGAAAAUUUUGGAGGUUAUUGAACUGUUGGGACAAAUAGUUGGACUUGGAAUUCUAUGACUUUAUUAUUUUGGGUGUGA